CUUUAACUUUCUUUUUGAUUUAUCUCAUAUUUAUCUUGAAUUUUUACUUUUAUGUACAGUUAUCCUAUGUAUGAGAAUUUGUCAGAAAAAUAUUAAAUGAAUAAUUAAUUAUUUAACAAUGGAGAUCGAACCCAAAUAUACAUUUGUGCCUCUUGCACAGAAGAAUUAUGUUGGAAUUUAUAAAAAAACAACACAAGAAUUACUAUCUAAAUGGGGAAUAAAUGGAAAUUUUGUUAUUCAACAUUUUUCAUUCAAUGAACCUUUUCAGCAGUAUUACAAGUAUCACUUAGCAGAAGCAUUCUUUAAAGACAGCUCUGUUGCAAAAGAAUUGUUAACUAAACAAGGAAAAUGUUGGGCAAAGCAAGGUAUAAUGGCGACAUGCAUAGAAGUAAAACCUGUACCCUGUUCCAUUUUAAGUAUGAAUUUUUUUGAUAAAAUAAAGGAUCCUAAAAAUGGAAUUGUACACAAGUCUGGGGCUAUUUGUAAAAGAUACGAUAUGGAAGUUAAUGGUUUUCUAGUUUCUGAUAAUCUUAGAGGAAUGUUAUUAGACAAUGAAUGCCCAGAAUAUAAUUUGUAUCUAAAAGAUGAACGGAAUGAAUUCAUAUUUUAUAUUUUUCAAAUGCUUGUUCUUGGAGGAGCAAUAUGUCAAUAUGAAGAUAGUUUAGAUCCAUACUUAAAUAUUACCAAAGCUAUUUAUAAAGAUUUAAUAAGAGUACAAAGACAAAAAGAUUCAAAUUUAUUAAUUAGUACAUUAGUUCUGCAAGUAAUAGCAAAAGACAGUAGAGGCCAAGAAUAUUUUCCGCAUGAUCCAUCUCAUAUACAAAAUGUUGGGUUCCUAUUAGUGGAUGGAACUACUCGAGAAAUUACAACAUUUCUUCACCAAUUUGGGGAGUACUGUCUUUCUCAGUAAGUGUAAGGAAAUUUUAAAAAAUAUCCACUAAAAGUAUAAUCUUUCAGUAAAAUGGAUUUAUAUAAACACUGCAAUAGCUCAAUUAUGAAUUAAUUAUACUAUAUUGUGCAUUAUUUACAUUAUAUACUAUUGAAAAUAUUACACUUAUAAUUAACAACUUCAAAUGUAAUUAGAAGAAAACAUAUUUAACACACUAUUAAGACCUGCGAAAUUCGUUUAUCUCAAAAUUGAAACAUGUGUAUAAUCGUAUGUGCGGUACGUAAGAUUUAAUAAUUAAGUAACGAAAAUAUAAUUGCUAUAUUUCUGUACAAAGUUUGUAGAAACUAUAAAAUAAUACAUAAAAAAAAUAUAUAUCUUGCUUAUUUAAUUCGUAAAAAUACUUUGACAUAGUAUGGUAAUUGGCACUGACAUAAAUAAUGAAUAUAAAUAAAAGAAUAAAAUAAGAGAUACGUUAUAUGUCAUUCUACCUGUAUACCAUUUUACACUUCACAGAUCGAACAUCGAACGCAAUAUCACUUUAUAUCAUAAUUAGAAUAUUAUAACCAAAAGUAUGUCAUAUUUGAUAAUUGAUGUACUUUGCUUGUAAUUUAUAGAUAACUUUCAUCAUAUUAUAAGUGAGACUAUCAUUGCUUACAAAUACCACUUAUUCUUCUGUACAUUAUACUGUACAGAUGUUUAAAUAUAAAAUUUAUUAUAUAAUACAUUGCCUCUUUCAUUCUGAUAUUUGAAUGAAUUAACACAGAAAAAAAUUAUAUUUCCAUUAUUAACAGAAAUUUGAUUGUUUGGUCUAUAUAAAUCUAAAUAAAAACUACUAGACUGUUGCUUAAAUUCUUAUAAAGACUAAAACAGUGAUAAUCACAGCACCUGCUUUAUCAAAUUUUUGGCAGGUAAUUUAUGUAUUAACUGGAGUAAUCUCUAAGACAAAUUAAA